GGUAGCUGCUGUGUGCCUGUGCAGCUGCCUCUUCCAGACCGGAAAAGAGAGGGAGCGAAAUAGCAAGACAUUGGGGAAGGUUAGAGGAAGAGGAGUAGAGAAAGGAAAUUGGGUGAGAGACUGAAGGCGACUGUUGUUGUGGGGGGGUCAUAGCCAUGUCUGUAUUCUGUUUGUCUGGCUGGCUAUGAGAUCAGACAGCAAUGGCCAUGUCACUGAGCGCCGACGAUGAGGAUUACGACUCGGACACAGCCGAACAGCAACGGCUACCCAACCGGCCAAACCCCAAAAUGGCUGCAUCAACGGUAACAACUCCGGCAGCAGCCAGCUCUUCUUCCAGUUCGACAGCAGUCAAGCUGCCAUCCAAUCGAACCUCCUCUGGAGCUCGCCGAAGGCGAACACGAUGUCGGAAGUGCGAGGCGUGUGUUCGGACAGAAUGUGGAGAGUGUCAUUUCUGUAAGGACAUGAAGAAGUUUGGAGGGCCUGGCCGCAUGAAACAAUCCUGUAUUAUGAGACAGUGUAUAGCGCCUGUGUUACCGCACACAGCAGUGUGUGUGGUAUGCGGUGAGGCUGGUAAAGAAGACACACUUGACGAAGAAGACGAGAAAUUUAACGCCAUGCUCAUGGAGUGCUCCAUCUGCAACGAGAUUGUCCAUCCAAACUGCCUCAAGGUGAAGGAUGCACCUGGGGUGGUAAAUGAUGAGCUUCCGAACUGCUGGGAAUGUCCCAAAUGCAACUACGCUGGAAAAACUGGAAAAGCCUGUAAGCAAAAACGGGGCCCAGGAUUUAAGUAUGCAUCCAACCUGCCGGGUUCCCUGUUGAGGGAGCAGAAGGCAGGCCGUGAUGGACGAGAGGAGGGUGACCAGGCUUCAUCUGGCGCAGCAUCCAUCAAGAGGAAAAGUGAGAGGGAAGAGACUCCCAGAAUAAAGACUGAGGAUCUGCCCUCACGUCUGCCCCCACACUUGACGCCAAGUGGUCUGCAGAGACCAAGGUCUGAAGUGCCUAACUUUUUGAGGAAGAAGAGGAAGUUAUUUGAAGAUGAUGAAGAGGAAGAGGAGGCGAGCACUAAAAAAAAGCCGAAGAAACCCUGGAGACCCGAAGAGUCUUUGAUUCCCAAACUCUCUCAGAUGAAAACAGAAGAGGAAGAGGAUAACUCUGAUGAAGAGGAAGAGAAGCGAGAGCCACCUCGCCGUUUAUUCAAGAGAGACUACAGCACAGUAAGAAAAGAGGAAGAGCAGCAUGAAGAGCGGCGGGAGGAGAGAGAUCCAUUUUUCAGAUCCCUAAAGGAAGAAGACGAGGAGGAAGAGGAAGAGGAGAGUAAUGCCAAACAAGGCAGGGACAGCAGCCCUGCACUGAAGAAUCUCUCGUUAUCACUUGAGAGUGACGCAUCAUGGUGUAGCUCCCCCAGGGCCGGUCCCAGCAGCGAAAGCAGUGAGACACGGGAGAAGGCUCCUCGACCCAGGGCGAGACGGCACCGUCGCAAGCCCCAGAAUCGGCAGCUCAGCACAGAGCUCAGCAAGCAGCUCAACAUGGAGAUCCGCCGCACAGAGCAUUCACUGGCCAACAAGAACCAGCAGCCGCUCAAGAGUGAACCCGAGGACAGCGAGAACGAGGAACCAAAGAGAGGCUUAAGGAACAGGACUGCAGGGAAUGGAGUAGGAGGUGGAGGAGUAGAAAGGGGAGGAGGUGGAGAGGCAGGAGGGGAGAGGCCACACUUACGAGCUCGAGAGAUGAAUGGGACAUCUUGGGAGCUGCGGCACUUUUACCCUCCUCAGAUAACCCCACUAGGCUUGAACCGCAGUUCACCCACAGUCAGGCCACUGCCCGCCCGUUCCCCUCCCAAAUGUGUGCAGAUGGAACGGCACGUUAUCCGGCCGCCUCCGAUCUGCCCUCCACCUGAUAGACUGCCACUAGCAGAUGGCCGUAAUCACAUAGCUCCUAGAGAAGUCUGGUUGGCUAUCUUUAGUCACUUGAGCCAUCGUGAGCUUUGUGUGUGUAUGCAAGUGUGCCGGACCUGGAAUCGCUGGUGCUGUGAAAAGAGGUUAUGGACUCGUAUAGAUGUGAAGCGUUGCAAGUCCAUCACCCCUCUCAUGCUGAGUGGGAUCAUUCGCAGACAGCCCAUCACUCUGGAUCUGAGCUGGACCAACAUCUCCAAGAAGCAAUUAAGCUGGCUUAUUAAUCGAUUACCAGGACUGAGGGUGCUCCUUCUGUCAGGCUGUUCAUGGGUGGCUGUUUCAGCUCUCUGCACGUCUAGCUGUCCUCUAUUGCGCACUCUGGACCUGCAGUGGGUUGAGGGACUCAAAGACCCCCAGAUGAGGGACCUACUCUCCCCUCCUACUGACAACAGACCUGGUCAAAUGGACACUCGCAGUAAACUGCGAAAUGUGACUGGCCUGCGUCUGGCUGGUUUGGACAUCACAGACAGCUCUCUGCGUCUUAUCAUUAAGAAUAUGCCUCUUCUCUCCAGUCUGGACUUAAGUUACUGCAACCAUAUCAAUGACCAGUCAGUCAACCUGCUGACUGCUGCAGGGACUACCACUAGAGACUCACUCACCGAUGUCAACCUUUCUAUGUGUAACAGGGUCACCGACCAGACGCUGAGCUACUUCAAACGCUGUGGAAGCAUCUGUCGCAUUGACCUGCGCUUUUGCAAGCAGGUGAGCCGGCAGGCCUGUGAGCGCUUCAUCGCAGAGAUGUCCGUCAUUGUUCCCUUCCAACUACAAGAGGAUAAACUGCUCCAAAAACUCAGCUAGUUGUGCCACACAGCACCACCUAGUGUCUGGGAGGACUGAACAACUCAAUCUAAGAUGAUACUAUGUAUCAAGUGCUCUCAUGUAUUUGGAGAAAUGACUUUAACUGGAGAUGCACAUUAAAAAACAAGCACUGCAACACAUGUCUAUGGACAAACCUUUUUGUCACCUCCUUUCAAACUGGAGAGAAGAGACAGUGUACCUAACUGUACAUAAGAAUGCUCCUGUUCUGAAUGCUUUAUUCUGAAGGUGGACACUUAAUUGGGCAAAUUCUGUAUUUUUAAGAGGAGAUUCAAUGUUUAAAACUGGGGGAUUGUACUUAAAAAUUGAUGUGAUCGAAAGCAGAGAAUGGGAUGUGCAUAUACAGUAUACACACAACAUUCACACACUCACUAGAUACUACAAACACUUUAUCUGUGAGAGUAAGCAUGAUUGUACAUUGUUAUUCAAAACGCUCAAAUCAGUUUUUGUAUAAAAGAUGUAUCGGUUUAGAAUUCUGUGAUAUAUUUGGUUCAGUCCUGGGUAUAUGUGUUGUUCUUUAUUUCAUAUAUAUAUACAUAUAUAUAUAUAUAUAUGUAUAUAUAAUGUGUGUGUGUGUAAUUUUUUAAAUAUCUCUGUUCGUUUAUGUCCUCAGUAUUGGAAUGUUCCAAUCUGCUCAACGUUUUUCAAUGAUGAGUUUGACUGAUUUGAAUUUCAAGUGCUCACUGAUCUAAUCUCAGAGCAGAAAUAGGCGUGAUAUUUGUUUUUCAGAGGUUUAUUUAUAAAACAGUGCCAUAUUCCAUCUGUGUAACAGUCAAGCCUUCAUCCUUUAGAGAAUAUUUCACAGCUAUGCUUGUGUGUGUAGAGAAUGGUACCUCAGUAUCCCUCUUAAGAGGUGUUGGGUGAAAAAAAAAAAAUGCCAAGUUAAGUGGUUAACUUGAAUAUACGUACAUGGAAUAUAUAAAUUUUCUGUUCUUAAUUUCAAUGCAGCUUUCAGACCAAGCUUUCUGAAUCAUUUAAAAAGAUUCUAAACAUGUUACGAAGAUCAUUCAUAAUUCCGCUAAUGUAAUUAUGGUAAUUUUAUUUUGUACAACACAAUCAGGUUGUAUUGCAAUUUCUUCGCUAGGCCAAAAAAAGACUUUCAGUUUUUGUCUAUAAGUCAUCAAGUAUGUGCGUUAUUCCACAGUGGUUGUUAUUGUAAAAUGGUAACCGUGAUGAUGACAGAUGAUUUUAAUUAUGUGUAUUAUUGUGAGUUUUGUCUCAGGAUUGCGACUCAGAAAGAGUAAGCCUGCCAUUCGAUCUAAGCCACUUGUACCACUGUAAAUUAAAGCAUUGUUUGCCAUUUAAAACACUCUAAUGUACAUUCGGCUAUUUAUAUUUGUAUGUAAUUAAAAACAACUGAAUUGAUUAAUUAAGCAAUCUUUCUCAAAAAGGGAACUGGCAUUCCAAAGAACAAGUGGAACUUGUUUUUGUACAUCAGUAAUGUGUGGCAAAUGUUUCUGCAUUCUGAUUUGAAUAUCUCUUAACUUGUUCCCUACAGAAGUAACAUAUUAAAGUGUUCAUGAUGUA